AAAUUUUGUUUUAGUGUUUGUGUAAAUACAAUACAACACAGCAUGGCGCGGAUUAGAAAAGAAAUGUCAAAAUAUUUUACUGUUUUAUUCAUACUGUUUCAAACUGUGUGCCAAAUAUGUCACACUUUAGAAACAGUUGAGAGUUACAACCAAGCUUUCAUACAGACAGACAAACACUUAACCUAUAUUAUUGGUGAUGUACUUUCUGGAAUUCCAAUUGAAUUUGUGUCGUUAACAUAUUUGAAGGUAAAACCUGGUCAAAUUUACAAUGAUAUUCAAAGAGAUGAAAUAUUAUUACCAAAUGCCAUUCAUUUGGACCCAGCCAUGUUGGAUUUUCACGAACAGCCUGUUGGUAUGCCACGAAUGGAGCAAGUGACAGUGUUGAAUACAGAUGGAAAAAAUAAUUUGCAUUUACUCUCAAUAUCUGGGAGUACUGCACAUUUUCACUGCUCGUUUUUUCAAGAUAAAAUAGUCCCGCCUGGGGGGAAUACAACUUUUGAUGUUGUUUUCCUCGCUAGACAAGAAGGGAACGUAGAAAAUACCUUAUAUAUUCACACCUCCUUAGGGUCAUUUAAAUAUCAGGUUUUUGGGGUAGGCACCUCCAAUCCAUAUCGAUUGCGCCCCUAUCUUGGAGCCAGGGUACCAGUGAACCGAAGUUUUGCCCCUUUAAUAAAUAUGCAUAACCCGCAUAGCACCACACUGCAGGUGUUAGAAAUUUUUUCCAGUGAAGGGGAUCUACACUUAGAGCUGCCCACUGGAGAGAAAGAGGCACCGAAGUCUUUAUGGGAGAUUCCUCCCUAUGAAACAAAAACAAUCAUGAAGGCUAAUUUUGUGGGGAGGACAGAGAAUAACCAUACUGCCUUCAUACGAAUAAAAACCAACAGCAGACUCGAUAGACAGCUGCUGGUUUUACCCAUGGAAGUUGAAGUGACCUCAUCUCCUGGGAUUUACCUUUCAUCCGAGUUGAUAGAUUUCGGAAUAGUUCGGACUUUUGACGAGCCAAAAACUGUUCCGGUGAAUUUAAUCAACACAGGAGAUUCGGUGGUGCACAUAUCUAGUGUAACAGUCCAUCCCCCAAAUGAAGCAAUAACAGUUGACUUUCGUCCUAUAAAAUUGCAUCCAGAGCUGCUUAGACAGACUACAGUUGCUCAUGUCACAUUUAGAGCUUCAAAAGCCAUACAGCCGAAGUACUGGUCUGGAAAAAUCAUCAUCCGUUCUAAAAAUAAUGUCCAUAAAAUAUCCAUACCUUAUGAGGCAAAGGUGUUACAUGGUUCUCUCACCUACCACAAGAACAGCACAUACUUUUUUGCCCACAACCGUCCGGCCAACCUCAGUCGAGCGAUGACGUUCACAAAUACCUUCAACUUCUCCCUGGUUCUUUAUAACGUCACCCUGCCUAGCGAGCUCAAAAACAUCUUCACUAUACUCAAUUUUUCUAAGCCUGUAAUACUUCCACCCCAGAGGCAGAUCACCCCAUUUCUGCUUAAGUUCCAUCCAAAUGCAGACUCCAUACAUUUUACCACAACCCUUCAGCUUCACACCAACGCCUCCGUGUUUGAUAUUGAGCUUGUAAUCUAUAAUGGACAAAUAAAAAUUAUACCCCAUACUCCGCAAAAGCUAGAAGGCCAAUUGGAUUUUGGAACAUUGGGAGUUAAAGAAAAUAAAAGUGUUUUAUUCACAAUUGUUAAUGAUAAUCCUAUUGAAUUAUACCUGUAUGAGUUUAGUACAGACAUGAAAGGUGCGACAGUACAAGUUCUUGGUAUAGAGAAGGGCAAUGGCACCCUGUUGACGCGGGAGCACAACAUGUCAGCCAUCAAUACCGACCCUACCAGGAUAACCUACGUAUUAAUCCCUGCCUACCAUUUUGCGGUGUUGAGUUUAAACCUGGUGGCCCCAGAGGAAGAAGGGCAGUACCAGGCGGAGGUUAUAUUGUCCACAAUGUAUCAGGACACAUUUAUCCCUGUAACUGUAAGGACAUCUGAAGGAAGUUUACACGCUAUACCAGAAAGAGUGGUGUUUGAUAAAGUAUUCCCUGGGAAAAUACCUAUGAAAGUGCUACAGGUCCACAGCACAUUUCAUGAGUACAUGGGUCUGAAAUCCGUGAUGUUUCAGCCGCCAGACCCCAGGUUCUACUUUGUCAGCUCCAAGGAAAACAUGCAGAAUAUCAAUAGUGAACAACUGCUUGUACUGGAGCCGCAGACUAAUAAUACUAUUGGAAAAAUAUAUUAUGACUCGAAGCUUGAGUGUAAAGAAGAAUGCUAUGUGGGAUUGGCAACACAUACACCAGCGGGACGAAGGUGGGCUAAGGGUCUGGAAUUAGAUAUAGAGACCCCAGAAACUGAUGAAUACCUGUACAGGCAUAUGAGGGAGCGAUGGCAAGCCAUACAGGAGCAGGGGAAAGACAGGGUGAAUGUUACUAUAGAAAUUGAUACCAGUACAGUUCAGGGAUUUUUAUUUUCUGCUCACGUUCAACACCAUUGGCCGGACGUCAUACGCAAAUGCUUCUCCAGAUUUAAAUUUCCUCUCACUCAGAUCGGAAAUAUGUCUACCCUUGAUAUCAUGAUAGAAAAUCCUGGUGACACUCCUAUUGUGAUACAAGUAGUUCCACUUCAUCUCUAUCCCAGUCCUCAAGUUAUUGUUGAUCUUAUUAGAAAUAAUUUACCGCCCCAUUUUUCUGAGUAUGUAGAAACAGAUGAUCCUGACAUAUUUACCCUACCAGAGUUAUCUGCCCUAAAUGCCAGGGCGGACAGCCAAUAUAACAAAUUUCGCAAACACGUAGACGAUACACUGAGUGUGCAAUCACAUCGAGGCACUUUAUCGACAUUUCUUGCUAAAAAUGCGAAAGUCAAAGUCCAGGUCGGGUUUAGACCAAAGGAUGAUAAUAUUAAAACAUCGCUUAUUAUCGUAAGAAACAAUUUAACAAUCAUAGAUGCCAUAGUAUUGGAAGGGCAGGGUGGCAGGGGUGAACUUAAACUCAACAACAAGAGACCUGGUCUGGCCUCAUUGCAGUUUGAUAUCGCAGAGAAACAUUUGAAACACUGUGAUAGAAAAAAGUUUUCUAAGAAUACCAUCCCUAACUUUACUGUGAAGAGGUCAUUCACUUUGCUAAAUACUGGAGAGCUCCCAUUUUACGUCCAUGGUUACAGCAUAAACAACUCACCAUGCGAAGGCUAUGGGUUUAGAAUUCUUAUGUGCGAGGGAUAUGAAAUGAAACCAAACACAAGCAGAAAAAUUGAUAUUGCGUUUACUCCAGAUUUUACAAUGUCCAGAAUCCAACGUACACUGACUAUCUUCACAAGUCUGGGACAGGCCUUCAACUUUACUCUACAAGCCACGGUUCCACCCCACACACUGGCAAAGUGCGCCAUGUCUUUGCCCAGGCCCAACUGGGAGCAUGUGCUUUAUUACUCUAUCGUCUGCUUCAUGGGAUUUUUACUCUUCUGUAUUCUUGUUGCGUCAUAUUUUGAAGCAGAUAGGAUUUUUAUCGCAGAUAUACUCAAACGUAAAGUGAAAAUGUGUGUUAAUGGAAUACCAACGUUUCAGAAGGAUAAAAUAUUUGAUCUCAAAGCGCUAGCUUCUAAUUCUCACACUAAUGGGGUAGUUAUCACUCAAGCUCCUGCACAAAAGAUGUCCCUCCCUGUAAACCUGCUUAACAAAGUGCCCCACGCUAAUAUGGACAUCCCUAAUGGCCACACAGAAAUCAAGUCUCCACAAGAUUCGCUAUGGACUAUGACAUUAAGCAUUUUAAAGGGCUUGUUCUCCCGAAAGCCAGCAUUGAAGAAAAAGACCUUGAAUAACAAUACGGAUAAGCACCCAGACUCGCAAAAAUCUGCCGAUACUUUACUGUCGUCAUUGCAGAACUCAAGUACACUGUUGAAAGAGAAAUCCAAGGUUCAAGAGAUGAUAAUACCUGAAAAAUCCUCUGCCACCCACUCCGUACAUCAUGCCCCACAGAAGUUAACGUUACGAAAAGUAAAGCAAGCAAAGCGUUCAUAUGCUGCCGAUAGUACAUCCACAGCGGACACCCAAUCUGCUGUGCAUUUUAACAGGAAGUUAAAUGGCAAGACCAAUGCCGCAGUUAAAGAGAAGAAAGUCACAGAUACAGUGACCCCCAUUGAAGAUACAAACACGACUACGACUGUACUGGACUCUAGCAGUUCAGCCUCCAUCGAAGAUGUCAGAUCAGUUGACAACAAGAAAAGAGGCAAAAAGAAGCUGCAGAGCAAACCUGAACAUGACACAUUAGGGAAGGAGCUAUUCACUGCUCAGUUGGUUGAUGACAAAGAUGAGAGUUCAUCAACCACCACAGAAUCUUCCUCAGGAGACGUGGAAGACAAGACCUCAGCUCCAAGAAAUGACAGCCCGGAAACGAUUCCGCAGCCCCCAAAGACCCGCAGGAAGAAUCGCACCCGCAACCUGGAGCCCCUCAUUAUACCACCACCUGACGAUGACAGUGAGGAGUUUGAGUUGACCUCCAAGUCUCGAGCCUACAAGAAAAUCAAGGGUCAAUAUGGGGGAGAAAUACCAGCCAGUGGAAGUGCCUCCCUUGACAUUGACCUACCCUACAACAUUGAGAAGACAAUGAAAAAGAAGUUGCCACGUCCAAUCAAGGAGGUUGGAAAAACGACCACCACCAAGGGUAAAGGUAACUAUCACGACCUUGACAUGUUGGAUGAAAUCUACCUGGAUACGCAUUUGUCCGAGAGUGAUUCCCCAGCGCCGUCCUGGGAUGAGCCCAACCUGGCUUCCCCGGCUGACGACUUUGCUGAGCUCUCUAUCCAGACCGACCAGUUUGCGCAACAUCAGACGAAAAGUGCUGACUUGAUUACCCGACCCGCUAACAUCUCGCCAGACGGGCUGACCAGUUCCAGCCGGUCCUCGAGCUACUCCAGCAUCGUGAGCAGCAGCAGUGCCGAGAGCAAGGCCAAGGGAGACAAACGCUUUGGGUCGGUGAGCGAAACGGGGCUCGUCGUCCCCAUGACAACCAAGACUCCGCCCCUGGUGACCAGCAAGAGGAGUGCGUGGGGAACAGGGUCUAGCACCACACCAUCCACUCCUGAGAUACUUGGCAGCGGUCUGUCCACUAUUCAGGAGAACAGUCGUGCUGGUAACACACUGACCGACACACAGGCCGGGGCUUUGACAACAUCAACCUCUGCUUUCUCCUUCGGACUUAAUGUUCCUAGCACGAGCAGCAAACAGGGCUUUGCCUUCAGCACGCUGACCAACAGUGGGGGCGGGGAUGCCUACCUGCCAAGCCAAGGCCUGAGCCAAGGACUAGACCCACUUGGGGGCCAGCAAGACCUGACAAUGAUGCAGAAGCUGCAGCAGGACCGCCGACGGCGCCUCAUGGAGUACCAGAACCGGUUGCGCCCGGGCGAGGACUGGCCAGGCUUUGACACCCCGCUCAUGAGGAACACACAUGAGAGCCUGUGGGACUCUGAGUACAGCACAGAGUACAACCCGAUGGAGACAAACAACUCGUGGCCUACUGGAGCUGGCCUCGCAGCCACAACCAGCCAGACGGGCAUAUGGAGCACGCUGACAAACAGCGCAAACAGCAGCUGGAACUCCCUUAUGGGCAUCUGGGGCGGGAGCGGCACCCCUGCAGUCUCCUCCAUCACCAACUACUCUGGCUACACGGCGCCCAGCAGCACUGCCACCAGCCAGGAGCCGGCCACCGACGGGCUGUUUGACCCGUUCAAUUCGCCGAUCUGGAGCCCGUCUGCUGGUCUCUCCUCCAGCGGCUGGAGUAACUCCAGCAACAUGCCUUCUCCAUCCGGGCAUAAUAACCCCAUGGGAAAUGGGCUGUAAGGCUUUGGAAACACUGUGGAAAUAGGACUGACAAAUAAUUGUGAAAAAUAUGAAGAGUUAAUUAUUAGUUAUUAUGCUUGUUGACUAUGUAAACUGUAAGGAAAAUCAGCUGGCCUUGUCUUGCCUGUCAGUCAUUUACCAUGAUGUGUUUAAUUUAAUCAGGGUUUCUUUCCACAGAGAUGCAGUAUGUUAAAUUCUAAAAAUUUAAGAAGUGACAAGAAUUCCUUUUGUUUUAGGCCUAUCUUUACACGUUCUAUAUGCCCUUGAAGGAGGACAUAAUUGUAGUAGUCAUCAUGAAGUUUUUAUUUCCCUGACAAGCAUAUUGUUUUGAGACUUAUUUGACAUCCUUUUACAAGCAUUGUUUGAAGCAAAGGUUGGUUAAAUAUAUCCGUGUUUGUAAUUAAUUAUACUUUUCUACAGUUAUCUUUAAUCAAGUUUAGAUUUGUUUUCCAUUUAAGUUUUUAGUUGCAGGUUCAAUUUAUUUAUAUCUCAAAUGAAAUGAGACAAUCUGGUAUCUGACUGUUGUGGCAAGACAUUUUAAUAUAUAAUAUAUAAAACAGUAGUUUAAACUUGUGUAAAUGUUAUGUAUAUUGAAUGUUGCUUUUUAAUCAAAUGGUUUGUUUUAGUGUGUUUCUACUUUUGUAUUUAAUGACAACUUGUCACUUCUAGAAAUACUAACUAAGUAUUUCUGUUACGAGUUGCGACAAUUGCAUAAUUUAUAUCCAUUGUUCACUGUCAUAUUUACAAGUCUAAUAAAUUAAACUUAGUCUGAAUUUGAAUUUAUGGUUAAACAUAAAACUUUGUUUGAAUCCUUUUUCUUUUUUGUAACCUUAAAACUUUGGGACAGAAUUUGUAAUAAUAACAAGUGACACAGAAUAGAAUCCUAAUAUGGUUGACAGAUGGUUAUGGUAUAUAAAUGCUUAAAAAAUCAAAACAAUUGUUCUUUGUGAUUCAUAUUGCCUUAUUUAUUUUUGUCCUAAACAUAGCCUUUACUUUACUUCAUUUGUUCUUUUCGAACUUGUAUUCUACAAAAACAUUCAUAUCCUUGUAUGGUCAGGUAAUAAACACUUUUCAUUUUAUCCCUAAAUUAUUGUAUGGUUGUAUUGAAUCUGAUGGACAUAUAUAAUUUGGUGACAAUUCAUGCUUUUUUGUUUGUACUUAUAUAUGUAUGGUUAAAAAGGUCUGUUAAAAAGGCAUGGUUUGUUUGUUUCCCCACUUUGUCAUGGUUUGAAUUGUUUUAUAGUUUGUUUCACUUGAGAUCCCAAAAGGUAUUUCUUGUACACUACAAGCCAAAUAUUCUUAACAAAUAUAUAUACUAAAAAGCUGAGACAAAAGUGUAUUUAUUUAUUGCAGUGAUGCAUUAAUUUGUAAACCUAGAACAUUUAUAUUGGCUUUUGAAUAGAGACAUGUAUUAAUGACUAUUUAGUGAUGGCUAAAAUAAAAAUACUUGAUGUAACAUGUGUACACGUUUUCUUGUGUGAUAUGUAUUUCUUACAUUUUUAUCCUGUAGAAGUGCUUUGUAUUUUACUGUUUGUUGAUGCAUAUUUGAUCUGUAGUUCUUAAUAUUAUUGGCCAGCUGAUUUUCUUGUGUUAACGAGCAAAAUACGGCUAUUGUAUUUGAGAAAACAAAUUUGAAGUGGAUUUGAAACAUUAACACAGCUAGGGUUCAUGAACAUUUAAAGAGACUUGUUCACAGAUUUGUGCAUGUUUUGAAGUUUGUAAUGAAAUGCUUUAAAUUGAUAAAUGUUAUCAUGAGAACUAAAAGGUUUCAGUUUAAAACAAGAUAUGAAGAAUGACAUUAAAUAAAGAAACAAAAAAGUUCACUCACCAUGUCUCUAACCACUGUAUAUUAAAAGGCUAGCGCCUUGACCACUCAGCCAUCUAUGCUGCUAAAGAGCUUUGCAUACUUGAUACUUUACAAAAGCAAUCCAAGUAAUUUUACAAAAUAUAAUGAAAAUGACAGAAUGCUCCAAAUUAACGCUUUAUAAUUUAAUCAAUUUUUUAAGAUGAUUAUUCAUAAAGAAAUUGUAUUUUCAGUGUGAUUGUAUGGCAUUGGUGUUAUUUUGCUCCCUGAUGUACAUGGUUCCUUUAGUUUUGAAUCUGACAAAAAGUUGGAAAAUUGUCAUUUUGACAAACUGUGAACAAGUCCCUUUAAUAUUGAUUUUUUUUGUAUGGCCAUGGGUGAGUCUUGUUUUAACAAGCAUAAUCAAAAUCAUAAACUGUUUUACUUUCAGAUAGUAACGAAAACAAGCUUUUUAAAAUCUCAUUUAUGAAAUAAAAUGUCAAUUUUUAUAGAUCUCAGCAGGAAGUGUUGAUGUGUCUAGUCCCUUUUUAUUCCACGAUGGUUUCCUGUCAUUGACAUGUGACAAUAUUCAUGGAGUACUAGUUUCCAAAGAAUGAUUAUUGUAUCUUUUAGCCACAUGUUCUGUGUAUGGGUAUCUUUCAUCUUUUUGCUGAUUAUGCCUGAUUUGGGGUGGAUAUUAUAUUGGGAAUAGGGAUAUAAAUGAAUAAGGAAAUAUGUGGUUGGAAAUACUUUAACGUUUGCAUGGAGAUUGAAACCAUAUGAUAAUAUGAUGUAACAAUAUAAAUGGUUUUUAUUGAUACAGAAAAUGUGAAAAAAAGGUUUCUCCCAAUGGGGUUAUGGUAUUUAGAGUUGCGAAAUACCAUUAAGGGACUAAUUAUACCCAAUUAAGUACAAAUAGUGUGGUUAGAGUAGCUUACUGGCAGUCGGAAGAUAAGGAGUAAGUUAUUCACCACAUAUAAUCCUGGAUGUGACAAACAAGCCAAGAAUUUGAUGAUUUCUACAAGCUGCUUUUAAUUUCAUGUAUAAUGCUUGAAGAUUUAUCAGGUUUGAUGUGAAGAUAAAUCAGUCUUGAUGUGAAGAUUAAUCAGUCAUGGCACGAAGAUUAAUCAGUCUUGAUGUAGAAUCACACAAUUUUGAUGGUAAAGCAUAAAACAGUUACAUCUGCACGAGAUACAAUGGUUUUGUGCGUUAUUUUCAAUAUACUGGCUUUCCUGACUUGUAACCGUUAAACAAUGGUUGGUGUUUUGUGCAUAGCCAUGUUACCAGAGCUCUAAUGUAGGACAUGUCCUGCUAAACAACUCUGCUGACUGCCUAUUGGGUGGACCUAGCCUUUGCUUGCCUUUAGGCAGUUGACACAGUCAUUUACUCAGAGUGAUAUCUUGAGAAAUUCCUAAGUGGAUACAGUGACGUGAAAUAAAGAUAAAUUGAAGUUACAUUCAUUAAUUAAGAGUGAACUUGACAAUAAAUUGAUUGAUUUUAUGAUUAGCUGUGAUUUUUUUAUCUUUUUUAAUGGAAUUUACAGGCAGUUAUUUGUUGGUUUAAUUUUUGUUUCAUUGGUUAAUUUUACAAAGACAGUCUUCUAGUCUGAUAUCAACAAAAUAUGGUUUUUUUUUGUAUUUAUUAAAAUCUUUUCUUAUUUUUGGCAACAACAAUUUUCUAAUUUUCUGAAAAUGUUACUUUGGAGUUUUCUGUUUAUUUAUUUUGACUUCUUUGUUCUAACAAGUAAGUUUCUUGGCAAAGUUAUGCACACUAAUGUAUCAAUUAUUAUUAUGUUUGCGUUCAUGUAAAGCAAUACAUUUUAGUACUAUGCCUAGUAAUUGGUAAUACACCUGUGUUAUCUUUGAGUUCUUUUGAAUAUAAACGUGUUUGUGUUGAUUAAUAUUCAUGUAUACACCUAUAUGUGUAUAUAUGUGUGUGUAUUGGUCUAAAAUUACUUCCUGUUAUAUGCUGUACUGAGUUAUUUUAACACAUUUGUAUGUAUUACACUCUGUAAUCAUAUGUACAAUGUUAACAAAGGGCGGAUAAUCCUGUUGUGGUAAAGCACUGUACAGAGAUUACUUUCUGCUGCAUACUCAAAACUCACCUAAAGGAUUGGCUUAAAACAAUGUGUCUUGUAGGACCUACAAGCCAUUGAAAGUGAAUAAAUCAAUUUCUGCAAUA